AUGAUUGCUAUCAUUAUUUUAUCGAGAGAUUGCACGUCUAUACCAACAUCAAUCGCUGGACUAGAGGAAUCACACACGAAAACUCUUCGAAUUGAUGACCUCGAGAGUGAUGCCAUCAUCUACUCGCACAAUUUCGAACCUGGUUUCUUGACCAACACCUCAUCUAAUCUCUUGGGGCAAAAUUAUUACGCUCAGUAUCCUCUUGCUUUCUCCUGCGAAGUUGUUGUUCAUGCGCCUCUCGAUAAUGGACGGAUUAUGCUCACUAUCGAGUCCUUUUUUAUACCCUCCAGUGAUCAAACCUGUAAGGACGACUUCCUCUACGUUUUUGACUCAAAUACAGCCAGAUCUAAGGCCAUGCCUGAAGCUGGUGGCGAACAGGGUCUCUGUUUAUCUCAAUAUCCAAAAAACCCGGUUUUCUCGACCAAAUCCUACAUCUGUAUUGCAUUUCAUACCUCGAAUUCUCCAAGGUUCCAGGUUUCGAACAGCGAAGCGAUAAAACCUGGUUUCAAGAUAAUUGUGACAGCAUUUCAAGAGAGUACGUCUAGAAUACCAUUUUCUUUUUUCGCCUUUCUUUGCUCGUUUUGA